GUACAAAGUUUGCCUUUUCCUGUAAACAAUAUUUUGUAGGCACUGUUUAGUGAUUAUUACGAUGGCGCACAGUGACAAAAACGACAAUACUGCAGUUUGCUGGCAGUACUCAGAUGAGUUUUCAGAGACAAAUCUUCACUUACUUGAAAACGACAUUCUCAGUGACAUAUCAUUCGCUGCUGGAGAGGAAAAAACGAUAAUCCGUGCCCACAAGAUGAUCCUAGCCAGCAGGAGCCCUGUUUUCUUUGCAAUGUUUUGCGGGUUACUUAAAGAAACUUCAACUGUAGUGGACAUACCUGAUAUCAAACCUGAUAUCUUUACACUAUUUUUGAAGUAUUUAUAUACAAGAUCAUGUGACACGAAUGAAAACACAGUGACAUCUUUGCUGUACUGUGCGAAGAAAUAUGAUGUUCCGUCACUGCAAAAGAUCUGUAGGGAUUUCCUCAGAAAAGCCAUAAAUCCUGUGAAUGUGUGUACCGUUCUAGAGGAGUCAUUACUCUUUCAAGAAGACCAACUUAAAGAGGAGUGUAUUAGUUUUAUUUCUCAGAAUACAAUCGCCGUGCUCAAGACAAGAUCAUUUAAAAACCUUUCGUCGAAUGCCGUUAAACUACUUCUUAAAGACGAUGCACUGAACUGCAAGGAAAUCCAUAUUUAUUCUGCAUUGAAGGAAUGGGGUGUAUGUGCUUGCCAUCGAAAGGGAAAAAUUAUUCCGUCUGCUGAAAGUAUACGUGACGAAAUCGGUGAUCUGAUCAAAUUGAUUCGAUUUCCAACAAUGAGUGUGGAAGAUUUUUCUAAAUAUGUUGCGAAAGACUUAGUUUUAACACCAGAGGAAAAGCUGGCUUCCUAUCAAGACAUUGUUCUUGGCGAAAAGGUAUCUGGAUAUCCAAACACACCUAGACAAGAACCUACGACUCUGUGUAGGGUUAUGAGAUUCCGUUCCAUCACAACUCGGAACAGGUCAAAAGAAUUCCAAUAUGAUUGCAUUGGUUUUACUGUUUCAGGAACAUGUACACUUGGUGGAGCGAUGUUCUUUCGCCCAGCUACUUCAGGGAUGGUCACUGGCAAGUUAAUUGUGAGAGAAAAUAAAGAUAAAGUGUUACUUGCAUCAGAUGUAUCCAUUGACUUUAAAAUAGGAAUGACCACGUUCGACCAUUUAUUCUCACCAAUACUAUUGGAACCUGGGAAAAUAUACUACAUUUUGCAUAAAGGUAAAAUGACUGGCCAGUGUGUAAAAUCAUACUGUGGAACAGAUCCAGAACCAGCUGUUGAUGCAGGUAAUGUUCGAAUACAGUUUAAAAAUGUCAAUUACAGCACAAACAAUACGACAGUGUCUACUGGCGAGUUCUUAGGACUGUUUAUCGGAGUGAAAGCUAAAUCAGGUUUAGGUACUCUGAAUUGAAUUCCUUCGUCUUCAGAAAGAGUUUGGAUCCCUAAUCAUAGCAGUACUUUGGGUUUACCUAUUAAUUUAUUAUCAUUUGUUUUAUUCUUAAAGGGACUGUACACCAAAACGUUCUUUUCUGUAACGAAUCUUAGGACAAUUAUUUAAUAAAAUGUUUUACUCUUUAAUAUCAUAAUUGUAAAAAAAUACCAAAAUGUAAGAAGAAAAAAAAAAAAAUCGGGGGCCAGAUUCGAAAAGGGGUCGACAAAAUUGCAGUGCAGUGUUGUAUCCACUGUGCUACGAAGGCUUACUCUAAACGGUUGUAAUAUUUAAGCUAUAUACCUAACUUGGUAAUAUCACGUGAUAACAUCGACUAGCCAAUCACGCAUAAGGAAUGGAUUCUACUAGGUGUACAUACCUAGUAAUCUUUAUAAAUGGAAAAAUACGAAAAAACUGCGAAAAAUAAAUAAAUUGUAAACUAUGCAUUGUACACAUCAAAACCAAGUUUAUGUCAGUUUUCGACAAUUUUCUUUUUUUUUCACUAUUUUAUCAUACGGUUUACAGCCCCUUUAAGUUUUCUUCAAGUUGAUGCAUACUUUGAUAAGAUUUACCAUUAACGGUUUUACCGGUUUGACUUAAUUCGGGAUUAUUAGGAUAAAAGUGAGGAUGCGCACACACACAAACUUUUAACUCCGAGUAAAGUAACGUUUUAGACCGUUCCAGGGCGAUACCUAACAAUCCUUGAUGUUAACACCCCUUAUUUUAUAUAUUAUAUAGGUAGUGUGUUGUUUGUAGAGUUUUGUGUUGUUGUGCCAUGUUUUUGGUUUGUGAUAUUUUGUUUUUGUGUUAUAUGUCUUUGGCAUUGACCCUGUGCCAUUAAACGGUGUUUUUGUUUAAACCUUUGACUUAACUGCACUUGUUUCUGUAUUUCAUUUCACAAAUAUGUUGACAAUUAAUUCACAUUGUGGUUAAAGCCAAAGUGUUGAUUUGUAUUUAAAAAAAAAAAACAUUGAUGAAAGAAAAAAAACACCUAGUUGAUACUAAUAUUAUGAACGUUCCUUCUGUCAUAAUUUUAAGAAUUUACAUGUUUUUAAGGGUAAGAUUAAAGUUACGUGACUCUUAAAGGUGAAAAUUGUAAUUUUGGUAUCUUACUUAACUUGUUUCUGUUUUUAACGUUACGGAUGUUUGAAUAGUGAACUUUUUAAAUAAUCAAAAGAUUAUUUGUUUCAGGGAAUCACAAUUUUAAAUUCAAUAAAUUUGUUUAUCAAAAAUUACGAUUUUCGAUCAAUUUUGGUAAUUGAACUUGUGCUUUUAUAACAGUUUGUCUGUUAAAAUCUUUUCAAAUACUGCCUUAUUUGUGUAUGUGCUAUAUUAAUUUCCCACCGAAAGGCAAAGUCGGUAAAGUAAUGGCAAGCGUGUGUGUGCGCGCGUGUCAGGGCAAUCAUGUCCGUAGCAUAACGUGAAUAGUCUUUUGAGGUAUUGACUUUAAACUUCAUAUACAGAUAGAUCUGUUAAUUUUCUAAUUUAUAUUUUGUCCGGAGCAUAACUCAAAAAGUCUUUGAGGGAUAAUCUUUAAACUUCAAAUAUAGAUAAAUCUUAUUGAGGAGAAGUGCAGUGCCCGGGAACCAUAAGUUAAAAUCUGUCUGUAGUAUGCUAUUUAUUGUCCUUUGUUAAUUUCCAUACUUAUUAUUUGACCGGAGCAUAACUUAUAUAUUCUAUAUUCUAUAAGGGAGAUGUGCAGGACGCAGGUACCAUAAUGUAGCUGUAGUUUUUUUAGCAAAGGCCCUUUGUUAGUUUUCAUUCUAUAUCUGGCUUCAGUAUUUUUAUUCAUCUUCAUACACAUUGUUUUCUCCGGAUCAUAACGCAAAAAGUGUUUAGGUAUUGUCUUUAAACUUCGUAUACAGAUAUAACUCAUUAAGCAAAAGGUCACUACAAAUGAACAAUAACUUUGGCUGCAGUAUUGUUCUAGUUAUUUCCCUUUCUUAAAUUCCUUACUUACUUUUUGACCUGAUGAACUUGAAAAGGCUUUGAGGUAUUGACCUCAGACUUCAUGUGCACAUCUCGUUAAGGAAUGGUUCAGUAUGCUUUAUGCAUUGCUCCUUGUUAUCUUACAUACACAUUUGUUUGUCCGGAUCAUAGCUUAAAGAGUGUUUGAGGUAUUGACUUCAGUCUUCAUUUAUAAAUUAUCUCAUUGAGGAGAAAUGCUGUUAAGCAAAGAAAACAUUGGUUCUGGGUUCAUAUUGUUUAAGAUUAUGCCCCUGGUUAUUUUUUUUAUACCUGCUUAGCAUAUUUUUAAAAGUCAUGUAUUUACUUCAAACUUGCUAUACCGAUAGAUCGAAUUUAGAAGGAGUGCAGUGCAUAGAAACCACAACUCUGGCUGCAGUAUUUUUUUGUAUUAAUUAUUGCCCUCUGUUUAUUCAUACUAAUACUUGUCCGGAUCCUAACUCAACAUGUCUUUGCGGUAUUUUGACCUUUUUAUACAGAUAGAUCUCAUAAAGGAGGAGUGCUUGCUUGAUUGUAUGAGUGAUUGCCCUUUUCCUUUACAUAACUAUUUUUUGGUCCGGAGCAUAACUUGUAUGUCUUUGAGGUAAUGCCUUCAAACUUCAUAAACUCACGUGACACGAAUGAAACUCUGGCUGAUGGUGUUUAAGAUAAUGACUUUAAACUUCUGAUACAGAUAGAUCAGAUCGAUAGGAGAAUUACAGUGCAAAGAAAUCAUGAAUGUAGCUGCAGAAGAUUUUAGCUCGACUAUUAAAAGAAUAAGGAGAGCUAUCCUAGUCGCCCGAGCGUCGGCGUCGGCGUAACCACUUAUGUUAAAGUUUGCGUACCACCUGAAAUAUUUCCAAAGUCCAUUGACAUAUGGCUUUGAAACUUUGCACACUUGUUCACCAUCAUGCCCCCCAGCCUGUACACAGGAGGAGGUAACUCUAUCAAACAUUUUGACAAAAUUAUGCCUCUUUUUCUACUUAGAAUUUACCUUAAAGUUUGCGUACCACCUCAAAUAUUUUUAAAGUCCAUUGACUUCUGGCUUUGAAACUUUGCACACUUGUUUACCAUCAUGCCCCCAGCCUGUACACAGUAGGAGGUAACUCUAUCAAGAAUUUUGACAAAAUUAUGCCCCUUUUUCGACUUAGAAUUUACGUUAAAGUUUGCGUACCACCUCAAAUAAUUUCCAAUUCAAUUUAUAUAAAUAUCUCAGCACAUCAUGUAUUGCAUUGAAAUCAAAUCUAACGGUGAUCCAUGCAUGUUUCGCCAAAACUUUUCAAUCCAUACACCGAAAAGCAGCGGAAUAGUCGAGCGCGCUGUCUCUGUGACAGCUCUUGUAAGUAAUUGCUCUUUAUGAAUUUUCAUACUGAUUUUUGUCCGGAGCAUAACUUGAUAAGAUUUUAAAUUAUUGUAGAUUAUGCUUUCUACUGUGAACAAUAAUAUGUUUUAAGCAAAACAUGUCGUAUAAUAUCCAUAACAUAUUAUACGUUACUUAAACAUGUGUGUUUCUCAUUCCAAAUAACCCAUGGGUUUUUGUAAAACGUUCUUAAGUGUGAAUUGUACGCCUUUUUUAAUGUUGGGCUAGCUGGAAACCCUUUGAGCAUUAAAAUAGCAAUACUUAAACUUAUUGUUUUCAUGGUUAAUAUUUUAGCUGCAACUUAUUCAUUUCUUUUCAUGAAUGUUAUACAAAUUCAAUUUAUUAAAAAUGAUGAAACAAAUGUAAUGAACAUACAUAAUAAAAGAAAAUAUAUGUUUGUAGCAGUUAUACCUCCUGAUACUAUAAACGCAGGUGAUUAAUGUUGUAUCAUGUAAAUUGUACUCUUGGCAACUAACCAGAUAUGAUAUUUUGUCUGUAAAUCUUGUAUUUGGUGAUUUAUAGAUUUUUUCCGAGUACUCGAGUAGUGAUUUGGUACUCGAGUUCUCGGACGUUCGAUCGAGUACUCGAGUACUCGGGUACUCGUUGCCAUCCCUAGUUGUAUGACAAUGACAUCAAUAUUGUUUUGUACUCAUGUUGAUAUGUUUAAAAUAUGCUUAGAUUGUUUAAUGUCAUUCAGCUUAUUUUUGCUUUCGGUAAUUUAAAUUUCGGAGCAUAUAUCAAAGCAUUAAUAUAUUUCAGAAGUGUUGCAUUUAUUAAGGCGAAAAUGUCAUGAAAUGCUAUAAUAUAUUAAUAUUGUAUUAAUAAAAAUAUCAGUAAAACAUGAUAAUUAUUAUAACACAUAAAAAUAAGAUUCGUGUCUAAAUUC